GAAUAAUAAAAAAAUGUCAAGGAAUACUAUGAAGGCAGUAGCAUAUAAAUCAAAAGGAUCAGAAUUGGAGUUGGUAGAGAUAGCAAUUCCCUCUCCUCCACCAGGUUGGGUUAGAAUUAAAGUUCUAAGUUGUGGUAUAUGUCAUAGUGAUAUUCAAAUUAAAGAUUUAAUCAAUGAAUUAAGAGUACCAGGACAUGAAGUAAUAGGUAAAAUUGAUAAGCUUGGUGAAGGAAUAAAAGGUUUUACUGUAGGGGAAAUGGUUGGUGUUGGAUUCUUUGGAGGAGGUCAUUGUGGUGUAUGUAAUGAAUGUUUAGAUGGCGAGUGGUUGGACUGUAAAUGUCACUUACCAAAUGGCUUGGCCUAUAAUGGAGGUUAUGCCGAAUACCAAAUAUGUCCACAAGAUGCAUUGGUUAAAGUCCCAAAUGGAAUGUCUCCAAUCGAAUCAGCUCCUUUAUUAUGUGCUGGUGUUACAGUUUAUAAUGGUAUUAGAAAUUUAAAUCUUAAAAGUGGAGCACUCAUUGGUAUUCAAGGAAUUGGUGGAUUAGGUCAUUUAGCUGUUCAAUUUGCUCGUAAAAUGGGUUAUGAAGUAAUAGCAAUGUCAUAUGGUUCAAAAAAAGAGCAUCUUUCAAAAGAAUUGGGUGCCAAUCAUUACGUAGAUAUGUCAAAAGAGAGCCAUUACGAAGAAAUUAAAAAAAUAGGAUCUGUUAAAUGUAUAGUUUGCACAGCACCUUCCUCAAAAGAAGUACCAAAACUACUUAAUUGUCUAGGAUCUAAAGGAAAACUUUUACUUGCAGCGGCAUUUGAAGAUGAAUUUAAAGUUGCACCUUUAUCAUUAAUUUUUGGCUCUAAAAGUAUAAUAUCAACAGCAAGUGGAGAUUCCAGAGACUCUCAAGAUACACUUCAUUUUGCAAAUUUAAAUAAUGUUAAACCAAUCGUUCAGCCAAUCCCAUUAGAAAAGGCACCAGAAGCCCUAAAGAAUAUUAGUAAUGCAAGAUUUAGAUAUGUGAUUAGUUUUUUAGAUGAAAAUAAUAGAAAAGAAUAAAAUACUUUUAUUUAUUUAAAAGAAAAAUAAAACCAAUAUAAUAUUUAUUUAAUGACAGUUAAAAAAAAUUG